AGUAACAAUGAAGUUUUUCAACCUUCAGCAGCUUUACUUGAACUCCGCGGAGUUUUCGUUGCAAAUACUAUUUGCCAUUUUUACAGUGAAAAUAAAGUGCUUUGUUUUUCAAAAACUUAAUCUUUUCCACAGAAAAAAGAAGAUGUCGGAGAAUAGCUUCAACUCAAAGUAUUUGGACGAUGACGAUGAGGACGAUGCGAUUGCUGCCUCUGAGGGCAAAGUUUCGAGCCAGGUGGCCAAGCGCAUCUGGCAGCCAACCAUCGAUGACACUACCCCUGGGUCUGGGAGCCGCCCGAGAAGCCCCUGCCCCACGUGGAGGAGGAUGCUCCGAUGA